AUGGGUUUAGAUACACUCCUAAUGAAAAUAGCAAAUCGCUGCCACGUCAUCCCUCAUCAUCUUUGGACUACUUACAAGAACUCCAGUUCUAGAUCCUUCACAUUCUGUUUCUUUAGUUUGAGGUCAACUGAACAGGAAAGGAGAAUUUUGAUUUUGGCAUUAAUUCAAAAAACGAGUAUUUUUUCUUCGUGGAUAGGAAAAGAGGAUACAGUUGCUGAACUUGUGUUGGACGUUUUUUUAGAUAAAUGAAUUAGAGAGCAUGCUCAAACGAGAAGUGAAGAAACGGGAGGAAAUACAAGCCAAUCUUUUGAAGCAAUUCACAGGAAGAUAAAAGCUAACAACUCUCAAUGAUGGGUGUGGAAUCUACGAGCUAAUCAAGAAGGAAUUCUCUAUUGGUUGUUGACAAUAUUUGACAAUAUGGAUUGAAAUUUAUGGUAUUUGACAAUAUGGAUUGAAAUUUAUAGAUUUAAUGUAUGUCAAAUGAUUGAAAUUUAUGGAUUUACUUUUAUAUUUGUAGGUUUCAAAAUA